AUGGUUCACAGCAGCUGGAUCCGCAGAUUACUCCUCCUGGUUCUCCUCGGCCUCUCCUCGGUGGCCUUCGUACACACAGAGACCGUUGCAGACCCUGCCUCAACAACCAGGGACAACCAGGAUACCAUGUCUGGGGAGAUGCCCAGUGACGUCACCACCAAAGACCCUCUCCAGGACAUGACUGAGCCGUCCUUCACCUACGACUACGAGGACUCCACACACUCCCAGGCCAUGGACGAGGAGGAAGGGGUGCUGGGGCCAGGGGCCAUCACAGCCAUCGUGAUAGCUGUCUUCCUGGGAGCGUCCGUGCUCCUCGCCCUCAUUGUCAUCACACUCAGGAAGUUCACUGCCUCCUAG